CGUAAUACGUUGCUGCUGAAAUGCUAAUUGGAAGCUAAGUGGCUACUUUCUGCACCCUCCUUGUCUCCUGUUGUUACCUGCGGACAAGUUGGCCUGAAAUACCAUUAAACAUAUUUAGGAAACGGUUAACAUUCUUCAGAGCAUCUCUGUGUCCGGUGUCGGGCCGUAGCUAUGGCUCUGCAAGGCCCGGAGGAGCUGGGGGAGCCGGUCGAAGAGUCGGAGGAUCUGGACGACCAGGACGCUAGCAGCAUCUCCCCGGCGGAGGAAAUAACGCUACCCCCCGGGCCUGGAGGCGACGAGGAGACGGAGGAGGCUCUUCUGCUGCCCUGGGACCGUUUCUCCGCCUGGCUGCACUGCAUUUGUGUGGUCGGCUUCGACCUGGAGCUCGGACAGGCGGUGGAGGUCAUUUACCCUCAUCAUUCCAAACUGUCGGAGAAAGAGAAAACAAGCAUCUGCUACCUUUCAUUCCCUGACUCCAACUCAGGUUGCCUUGGUGACACACAGUUCUGCUUCCGGUUCCGGCAGGGUUCCAACAGGAAGACGUCACUUGGCUGCUUCUUGGAAACCACUGACAGAGAUGCGCCACCUUGUCUGAAGAGGGAGCAGGGCCAUUACUAUGGUUAUGUGUACUUCCGUCAGGUGCGAGACAAAUCUUUGAAGAGAGGAUACUUCCAGAAGUCUCUCGUCUUGAUCAGUCAGCUGCCCUAUGUGACCUUCUUCCACUCGCUGCUGAAGAUUAUGGCUCCUGAAUACUUUGAGAAACAGGAGCCCUGCCUGGAGGCUGCUUGUAAUGACAUCGAUCGCUGGCCAACGCCUCAUCCUGGACGAAUCCUGACGCUGCCUAUCAUGGGUGUAGUCCUCAAGGUUCGCAUCCCAACCUCUUAUGAUAAACCAGGAACGUCACAGCUGGUCCAAUCCGCCCAGAGUGAUAGCAUGGUGUCCAUUGUGCUCCCAACAAUUCAUGAAGUGGACCUCUUCAGGUGUUUCUAUCCAGUCUUCUUCCAUCUCCAGAUGCUUUGGGAGUUGGUGUUGCUGGGGGAGGCACUUGUUGUCAUGGCGCCAUCACCAGCCGAGUCAUCUGAUACUGUGCUAGCUUUGGUCAGCUGCAUUGCUCCUCUGCGUUACUGCAGUGAUUUCCGGCCGUACUUCACCAUUCAUGACAGUGAGUUUAAGGAGUACACCACCAGGACGCAGGCUCCGCCGUCAGUCAUUCUAGGAGUGACCAAUCCUUUUUUUGCAAAAACGCUGCAGCACUGGCCGCACAUCAUCCGCAUCGGAGACAUGAAACAAGCAGGAGAGAUGGCCAAGCAGAUGAAAGUCAAGAAACUGAAAAACCUCAAAACUCUGGACUCUAAACCCGGUGUGUACACUGCAUAUAAACCGUAUCUCAACAAAGAUGAAGAAAUCAUCAAACAGCUUCAGAAGGGUGUUCAACAGAAGAGACCCUCUGCAGCCCAGAAUGCAAUUCUUCGGCGCUACUUCUUAGAACUGACACAAAGCUUCAUCAUUCCACUGGAGCGGUACGUGGCCAGUCUGAUGCCUCUCCAAAAGUCCAUCAGUCCCUGGAAGAGUCCUCCUCAGCUACGACCGUUCAUACAGCAGGACUUCAUGAAGACACUGGAGAAAGCUGGACCUCAGCUUACGUCCAGACUGAAAGGAGACUGGAUAGGACUCUACAGGCAUUUCCUCAAGUCUCCCAACUUUGACGGCUGGUUCCGCAACAGGAGGAAAGAGAUGACGCAGAAACUGGAAGCCCUGCACCUCGAAGCGCUGUGUGAGGAGGAUCUCCAGAAGAGAAUCCAGAAGCACACAGAGGUGGAGACAGUCGAUCUGGUCCUGAAGCUGAAAGACAAACUGACUCAGGCGGAGAGGGAGAAGUUACCAGUGCAUCCCGGGACCUUGGAGAAGCUGAGAGCCCAUAUCGAGGGUGUCAUCCUGACCUUACCAGAGGACCUGCAGGGCAUCCUUCACAAGCCCACCACGCUCUGACCUCUAACCCUGCAGGCUGCAACACUAACCCCCAGUUAAAGCUUGUUUUAAAGUUUUGGGUGGGGGGGCUUGGUGGCUCUCCUCCCAGUCGGUUUCCAAGGUGAGGGUGAUGUGGACCCUUUCACUCAGACUGGGUGCCAGUUUAAAUCUGCUCUGGUCUAAGAUGGAAAGCACAUACUUGGGUGCCAGCUCUCAAUGAGUCAGACUAAACAGCAUGUCAGUGAUCAUGUGGGUAUUUUUUUUUUUUUUUUAAGAUGACCAGUCAAACCAGGAUCGACCAGGAAGUGUUUAGAAAGUGCUACUUUUUUUUUUUUUUUUUUUU